AUGGGGUCUGAGAAUCGUUCCAUAACUCGAUACGACACAACUGCAGUAUACACACACACCGACGCAAGGGUCGACAUCGUCCUCGUUCACGGCCUCAGCGGCUCACCCGAUAAGACAUGGACGGCCAAGAAUGGCACCUUCUGGCCCCGUGACUUGCUGCCUACAGCACUAAAGGACGAAAAGGCCAGCAUUAUCGUGUACGGGUACAACGCCGAUGUCAACUCCAAGACAACUGCUCGAAAUGUUAGCGACACUUUCGUACACCAACAAGCCGAGAAGCUUGCAGAGAGCGUCAUAAACCACCGGCAACGUGAGGGUACAUGCAAGAAUCCCAUCAUCUGGGUAUGCCACGGACUCGGCGGCAGCAUCGUCAAGCAGGCAUUAGUCCAUUCAAACGCCAUACACGAGCCUCACCUCCAAUACCAGCGGUCCAUAUUUGUCUCUACAUACGGGAUCGUAUUCCUAGGAACGCCGCAUACUGAGGAUGCCAGCACUUGGGGUCAAGUCCUCCAGGCCAUGUCAGAUGCGAUAGCUCCCAAGAGGUUGUUCGGCGGCGAGCCUAUGCUCUUAAAGACGCUUAAGAAAGACCCAGAAGCCCUCACCAGAAUUGAUAACCGGUUUUGCAACAUCUAUCGAAACUUCGAGAUCCUCAUGGUCCACGAAAACCAACCGUCAGAGAUCAAGGGCUCCAAGUUUUUCGUUGUCGGGGCAGAAGUAGCUCACCCCCCUUUGCCUCAUACGACCUCCUUUGGCAUAGAGGCAGCACAUUUGAGCAUGUGCAAGUUCGACAGCUUAAAAGCUCCAGGCUUUAUUAGAAUCCGGACUGCUAUCCAAAAAUGGGUUCGUGAUGCUCCCGCUCAAGUUCAGAAACACUGGAUGCGCGAGAACGAGAGUCCCGCUUCCGCCGCAGGAGAUGAAGUGAUGCCGCCGUUCACGCCCUCUCAAACGUCAGGCGAGCACCAUCUCCUGGCACCCACAGACAACAUGACGAGGUCACCUCCCCUUCUGCAACUAAGGAACGAGCCCACUUUUGUUCACCCAGAGCGUUUCCGACCGAAUUCUUUCUUCAAGGGCCGGAAACAAGAGCUGACUGACCUCCACGAGAUGCUGAUGGACAAGGAGCGCCGGGAGGAUGGAACAUCAGCUGUCUUGAUCUGGUCAAUUCCAGGAGGUGGCAAGACCCAUCUUGCGAGAGAGUACGCCUUCAAGCAUAAACACGACUACCCAGGUGGAAUCUUCUGGGUACGAGCCAAGUCUCCAGAAGAUAUUAUGGAUGCCUUUGUGAGAAUUGCUAAACACGCCAUGGCUCGGAACGAGAUCGAGAUCCAAGACGAGACAUCUCUGCAGGAUCAUAGCAAGGUCAUCCCUCUAGUUCGAGACUGGCUCAAUCGGUCCGACAACUGGCUCCUCAUCCUGGAUGGCGUUCUGCACGACACUCCCGACUUAGCCGACUGUAUCCCUGAUACUGUCAAUACCAGCAUGAUCUUGACAUCGACCGACACUUCGAUUGCGGGAAACCACAACUUUGAUAACCCGCAGAAACUGGAGCUAGGGCCCCUAGGUGAAGAAGAGGCACAAAUGUUGUUGCUAGAAGAGACGGACAGGAAGAAGACGUGGACACCUGAUGAUCUUGAUCGAGCUCUUGAGAUAGCCAAGUUGACGGAAUGCUUGCCUCUAGCCAUUCACGCCGCCGCUGGUCAGAUGAGGGCAACUCGAGAGCCAAUGUCCAAAUACAUCCGCUCUUAUAAAAAGCGACCCCAAGCGGGCGGCUUAGGAGCAUACAAGGCUGUCCGAGAAAAGCUGGAGGAGCGUGGUGAGACGGAGGCACUCAACUUGAUGUACCUGUUGUCUUUCUUUAGCGGCAGCAUCCCCGUCGAGAUGCUUGCACUUGGCCUUGAGGCACUUGACGGCCGCACACCCGUCCUCGCCAACAACUCUGUAGGCAAACCCAGUCUCAACAAGACAUUCACUGUUCUCAUCGCCUUUGCUCUCAUCGAGCGUGAUGAGGUUGAAGACAUGCCCUCUUUAGGCAGCACACAACCAGCUGAACCCCUUGAUGUGCUCAAGACCCACACUAUCGUUCAGAGCUUCUUUCUCGAAGCCUUGAAAGGGGAUGGUUUGUUCGAGUUUUGGCUCGAGCGUGCUGCUGCUGUCUUUCUCAAGUCCUUUGACAAAGGUGACCGUCGCGCCAGGGACAUGACGGAGAUGGGUCUUCCAGGCGACUACCGGACAUAUGCUUCUCACUGUCGCAAGAUUCUGAAGCACAUCAGAGGCGUUGAUGAGCCGACGCGCGAAUUGCUUGUCGCCGAGAAGGCGCUUCAGAGUCGAUCCGAGGAUAUUCAGGGGCAGAUUUCGGCCCUUGCACGCACAAUGACGACAGAGUCUUUCGGGAAAUGGGGGCAGGAUCCCCACGUGUCGGUCUUCGAGAGAACCAAUAGCGCAUCCCCUUCAAGAUGGGUUGAGGCCACGGAUGGCGGCAGGCUCCCAGACGAGAGGCAGAGUUCAUGGGAUCUGCAGGCUAGUCUGCCUGCUCGGGAACACAACCCCCACUUCGACCACAUCCCGUAUCCGUACGACAGCACCAUCCUAACACCGCACUUUUUCAAGGACGAAUCGCACCACACUGUGCAGAGGCAGCCAGCCGGGGGCUACUUUGAUCCAGCUGGAUCUUGGCCAGAGACCACAGAGCACGUAUCGGAGCCGAGGGUAAGCAUCAGCAAAGUCGCUCUUGGCCGGUUCUCUCCAAGAGGGUCAACUCUGGACCUGUCCCCACCAGGAACAAGCCCAAUUUUGUCUCUUGGCGCAGAAGAGCAGUUUUAUCUCGCCCAACAUGCCAUUACCCAGUCCAGCCCGAAGGUGUCCGAAAACAAUGGCCAGACUGCCCAUACGGCAAAUGUAUCCGACCGAGAGACAGAUCUCGAUGUUAUUGAAAGCGGAGCUGUGGCUAGUUUCAGAGGACGCAGCUCACAGGAUGUCAACAUCGAGCCUCAGUCACAGCGUCAGGCACGGCCGAGGACCCGAAAGCUCGUCGAGGAGAACCCCUUCUUCGAGGGGAGUGGCUCUGUCGACGGUGCAUCUAUCCCCUCGAUGGAUAUUGCCAACGCAGAUUGGCGCUCAGUGUCUCAAGAGCGGCCGAUAUCAACUCAUACUGGACCCAACCACUCACAGACAUCGCUCGAGUCAGAUAUUGCCCACUGGGCACCAGGUCUGCCUAUCGUUAGUAACUCGACAAGCAGCCUGCGACAUGUCACUCACUAUCCCGAUUUGAGAUAUUCUCAACAUCGAGCCGCGGUUGCUGGCGAGAGCCUGUCCAGCUCCCUUCCAACUAGCCACAUCGGUAGCACCCUCAAGCCGCCGUCAUGGCGUCCGUCAUCCUCAGGCCCAGACGGCUACUCAUCUCAGCCAAUGUCGCGCACUCCAUAUUCCAACCCGGAACUAGUCGUUCCUUCAACCCAUCACAGUUCCACUUUGAGCACAGCGACGUCACACAGUCCCCCCAUCCAAAUCCGCGGCCCCCCCUCGACCGCAGCGACGGAGCCCUCGCCGCGCCUUUCCGGCGUCGACAAUGUCCCUAUUAGCCGUCAGGCCUCGCAGCUGCGGCACGCGGGUCCAUGGAGCCCGGAGCGGGGCUCUCGGUGGGACUUUGCUCCCAGGCAAGCGUCCGAAGCGGUGGAGAUGCAGAGGUCGGGGUCCGGGGGGAUCCAGUUCAAUGGGCGCAUCGUCGAGUUUGGGCGCUCGUCUUCAGGUAGCCGACCGACCUCAACCUCCCCUAGGAUGCCUGCCUACCCGCAGAAAAUAACCGAGACGAACGAGAUCGUGACCCCAGUGAGGAGGCCCGUGGGGUUGGGGAUUGUUGUUGCCGAUCCGGAGAGACGACAACAAUCCUAA